AUGCCGUCAAAGCUGUUCCAUGUUCGCGGUCUACUUUAUAAAUUCCUGGCGCUACUCCGCAAUUUGCAAGGAGAUGGUGCAUACCUCGAAGAGGUGCAGCGCUCCAAGCUCAUGUAUUAUACUAUUGAAGCAGCGCUUUCUGUCAUUGAUUUGCACGAGGAUUCGUCGGACGAGGAGGAAGAGGCAUCGCUUAAGGAAGAAGAAAAAGGGUCCUGGUGCCAGAUGUGGAAUGGCAUUCGUCAACACGGUAUCCCUGAACCUAACAUCAAUUUACCGGAAGCUUUUUGCCGUCCUUACGUACUUACAUCAGGACCAACUAAAAUGGGUCGACCACCGAGAAUUACGUCCGAAACAACGUUCUAG